AUGGUCAAUCUUUUAAGUCACAACAGAAUGGUAGUGUUUUUCUUGCUUACAUUGGUUCAAAUCCAAGCCAAGGUGUUGUGCUACCAAUACAAAGUUGGAGAUCUAGAUGCUUGGGGGAUACCCACUUCAAAUUCAAAAGUCUACACAAAUUGGUCCAAAUAUCACAAUCUCACAAUUGGAGAUUCCCUUUUGUUUCUAUACCCACCAAGCCAAGAUUCAGUGAUUCAAGUUACUGAGGAAUCCUACAUGAAGUGCAACAUUAAAGACCCUAUAUUGUACAUGAACAAUGGCAACUCUUUGUUUAACAUUACAUCAAAGGGCCAAUUCUACUUCACUAGUGGUGUGGCUGGCCAUUGCCAAAAAAAUCAAAAGCUUCAUAUAGCUGUGGGUGAAGGAAUAGUAGAAAAUACGGGUACAGCACCUGGUCCAGGUUCAUCAUUGCCUGCAUCUGCACCCUCCUAUCCCACAGUAUUUGGCAAUAUUCCAGUAGCUCCUUCUACCUCAACCCCGGCCUCAACCUCAUCUCAGUUCACUUCAACUUCUCAACUUCUCAUCACUGGAUUUGUUGUAUCUGCACUCUUUUCAACCUUAAUCUGA